GGAAAAUAAUGGAAAUAACCGGGUGUUGUGUAAUUUUAGUUUUAUUUAAAUUAGAAAAGUAAAAAGCAAGAAACAUCAUUCUUCUUGCCUUCUCGCUCAUUUCAUCCAACAAGAUUUGCAUCCAACACAACCAACCUAACUGUAAUUUACAUUCAGGGUUUCAUUCUCAAGUUUCUUCUUAUUACAAAAGCCUUCAAGAGUUAGCGAGAAGAUAACCAAGGAAGGUUCUAGGAGUUCAUUUCACUUUUUCCUUCCAUUUCUUUGGUUUCAGGUUUGUUGUAUGAGUAAGCUGAACCUCCUGUUUGAGUGGUGGAUAUUUAAGAUCUUUGUUGAAAUUUCUGGUUGAUUAUGGCCUGCUCAGAAUCUGUGAGUUCAGUGGGAGAGAAUAUGUCAGUGGCUACGGCACCCAGGAAGCCGCGGAUUUUACUUGCUACUAGUGGGAGUGUUGCAGCGGUUAAAUUUGCAAAUCUUUGUCAUUGUUUCUGUGAAUGGGCCGAAGUAAGAGCAGUUGCCACAAAUCCAUCUUUGCAUUUUAUUGACAGAACAGCGAUUCCCAAGGAUGUGAUUUUGUAUACCGACAACGACGAGUGGUCUAGUUGGAAGAAACUAGGCGAUAGCGUGCUUCACAUUGAGCUUCGAAAAUGGGCUGACAUCAUGGUCAUUGCUCCAUUAUCGGCAAACACUCUUGGCAAGAUUGCUGGAGGGUUGUGUGACAAUCUACUGACGUGUAUCGCGAGAGCCUGGGACUACAACAAGCCUUUCUUUGUCGCACCUGCCAUGAACACGUUUAUGUGGAACAAUCCUUUCACAGAAAAGCAUCUCAUCUCCAUUGACGAGCUUGGUAUUUCUCUCAUUCCACCUGUUACAAAGAGGUUAGCUUGUGGGGAUUAUGGCAAUGGCGCAAUGGCUGAACCUUCUACCAUUUACUCCACUGUAAGGCUCUUUUAUGAGUCAAAGGCUCAGCAAGGUAACGGCCGUGUUUAAUAAUGUUAGUUAAUGGUUUGCUAGGAUUUGUCUUGACCCUUCCGAUUCUGUUUUAUUGAAUCAUUGUUUCGGCAUUUAGUGUUUCUGGUACAUCUGCUCUGAUUUUAGGUGGUGUGUAUUAGUCUAAAGUAAACGUGUUCUCCUUUUAUGUCUCAAAAUGGUGAUGUUUAUCAUACACCCUUUUGGAUAUUUUUGCUGUGUAAAAUGAUCUCUUAUGAAAUUUUAGCAAACACAAGAUUAUUCUGUUUGUAGAAUGACCUCAAAUUAAUUGAACCAAUUUUUGGUUGUUUUUUCCACAAA